AUGGCGGUAGCACACCCAGAGUUGCUCUGGGUAGUCAUAACCUCCGGGUUUGUUGCCACUUUCCUCGCAAUGGCUAUUGGCGCUAAUGAUGUCGCCAAUGCCUUCUCCACAUCUAUUGGAAGUGGAUCACUCAAGCUACGCAGCGCAAUCCUAGUGGCAUUCAUAUUCGAGAUUCUAGGAGCACUGCUACUAGGAGGCUCAGUAUCGGACGCAAUACGUACAAAGGUGCUCAACUUCAAAGCAUUCGAUGAUGCACCAAGAGAAUUAGCCAUCGGAAUGAUGUCGGCAAGUGCCAGUGCAACCGUAUGGCUCAUGUUCGCAACGUGGUUCGGUAUACCAGUAUCCACAACGCAUUCCGUUAUCGGAGCUUUGGCAGGAUUUGGGAUCGCAUCAGGAAGGGUAGAUAGUCUUAGGUGGUCACAAAUGUUCUAUAUCAUUAUCUCAUGGAUAGUUGUUCCCUUGAUCGCCGUAGUUAUCAGCUGUACUAUGUACAUACUCUUACAAGAGGCAAUACUCAAAAGAGAAAGAUCAUUCACCAUACUCAAGUUUGCACAACCAUUCUUGAUUGCUAUCACAUCACUACCACUAGUCGUACUCCUUGUAUAUGCUAACCCUUUCGUAAAACUCAAUGACACUGACGGAAAUACUUUCAAAUUUGUACAAUGGUUCAAAGAUUCCAAACCAAACCAAGCUAUCGUUAUUAUUGUAUUGUUGGUAUUGUUAGUCGCCACACUUACACCAUUCGCAUACUUUUACGGAACAAAAAGGAUUAAAGAUGGAUGGUCAUUUUUGGAAAAUCAACGAAACGCAAGCCUACAAAUGGGAAAAAAUUUCGGAUCGAAAAUGAGAUCCCUAAUAUCAAGAGAAAGAUCACAAUCAAUGGAACUCAAUAUCGGAAAAAAGAAAAUGGAAGUAAUAGACGUGUCAAACCUAUGCACCAAUAAUGGUGCAUACGGAAGACUACUAAAAAGCGCUGUCGAAAGCCAAGAAUCAAUGGAAGUAGUACAACAAAUGAAGGACGAACAAAGUCACAAAACGGAAGUUAUGUUCUCAGCUAUGCAAAUCAUUGGGGCCGUUACGGUUAUUAUAUCACACAGUGCAAACGACACAGCAAAUGCGGUAGCACCAUUCGCAACGGUAUUAUUAUUAUACCUCUAUGGAAUGGAACAAACAAAGAGCUUUACACCAUGGUAUAUACUACUCAUUGGAGGUAUUUGCAUGUCUUUGGGACUUGCUUGCUUUGGAUACCAAGUAAUCAAAAAUGUUGGAAUGAAGCUAACAAGGGUCACGCCCUCAAGAGGAUACACCAUUGACACCACAGCAGGAAACAUCGUACUAUUGGUCAGCUAUCUAGGAAUACCCCUGAGCUCCACACAUGUCGCAGUAUCAAGCAUUAUGGGUGUAGGACUUGUAGAAAAUAUAAGGACACAAAAUGCUUCCGAAGUACCAGUAAUGGAACUUAGAGAUCAAUCACAACCUUUCUGGAGGAAGUUCCCCUUGCUUAGACGCAUCAAUACCGAUAACGUAAACAUGAGGUUAUACGGCAAAAUCUUCGUCACAUGGAUUACAACCAUAUUUUGCAGCGGAAUGAUGUCGGCCGUGAUAUACGUCGUGGUUAUAUUCUGUGACAAAAUAUCAUCAGGAACUGUAUAA